AAUAUCAAUGUUUGGGUUUCGUGAAAUGCCAUCCUUAAAAGAUCUACGACGAUUCUUUCCGACGUGGACAUGACAAAUGUGUAUGAUUGGUAUCAUUGAUCUGGUGGGUCACGGGGUCAAUGGACCAACGCAGAGUGAAAAUCAAGAUUCGGUUUGGCCUCUUGGUGUUGCAAUCAAGUCCUGCUCUUUGCUUUGUGACCAAAUGCUUGCCGACCCAUCUUUCCUUUUCAAAGUUGCUACAAAGGUUGUUAUUGAUUCUUGUUGUGGAAUGUUUGCGGAAGUUAAAAAGAGGGGAAAGGAUUUCUGGGCAGAGUUCGAGUUGUUUCUUGCGGAUCUUUUGGUUGGGGUGGUUGUUGACAUUGCUUUAGUUGGGUUGUUAGCACCAUACGUUCGCAUUGGAAAGCCGUUUGUGUCGAAAGGGUUUUUUGGACACAUGCAACGUGUUUCUGGAGCUCUACCUAGCAGUGUAUUUGAAGCUGAAAGGCCUGGCAGCAGAUUUUCUGUCGGACAACGGGUUGGAACAUACUUCUAUAAGGGAGUUUUGUAUGGUUCAGUUGGUUUCUUUUGUGGGAUUAUAGGCCAAGGUAUUGCAAAUUUGGUGAUGACAGCCAAACGGAGUAUUAAAAAGUCUGAGGAAGAUAUACCUGUACCACCCCUCUUGAAAAGUGCAGCACUUUGGGGUAUGUAUAACUCUCAUGUCCUUGAUUCUACUUGUAUGUUAUUUUGUUACUUUUUGCAACUUGAAGGCAUUGGUGUCAACUGGCUGAUUCCUUCUGUUUCUAUCUUUUACAUACUGUUUGGCUUGUUUUAUGAGUACAAAUCAACACAAAACAAAGUUAUUUAAAUUUCCAAAGCUGGGCCUGAUCAGCAAUCUGAUGGCACAGUCUUUGACUAGCAACUGGAGCACUCUUGGUCUCCCAUUGAUUGAUCCGAUGGUCCCACAUCAGUACUUGGGCCAGCACACACCUCUAUCAUUAUGCAAUUCCAAGACAAGAAUGUUAAGGGGGUAUUGCAGAUGGUUCCAUUGCUAUGCCUCUAUCUAGGUUACACCCCUAUCAUAGUUCACCACCAUACCAUCACUUGGAAUAGUUACGUAUAUGGAUGGGCUCGGUCAACGCGAACCUGACUUA